AUGGACUCUGCAUACUGGGACAUCUUCCCCGAUGCCGAGGACGCGGACACGAGCGAGGAGGACGGGGCGGACGUCGAGAGCUCGUGCUCGCCGGACCUCGAGAUCCCCUGCGCCAGGUGCAAACACAGCAGCCGGCUGUGCAAACGGUGCAGAGAACGACGACGCCAACACCGACUUGAGCAGGAUUCCACGGCUCCGCGGCGCUUACUGAGGAAGUCGUCUCUUGAACUCGCCUGUUUUCCGGAACCUGCCACCGCCUCAGGGCCAGCAGACCACGGCCCUGCGGCCCCUGAAGUCGCCAUCCCAGAAGUCGUGCUCCAACACCCGCCCUCGGACAAUGAAUCCCCUGAUGCGGCGCAGAAGAACACUCUCUCCGUCCCUGGGCCCGUGUAUGCGUCAAUGUACACCAACUCGCCGUCGUGGAUGUCAACGUACACGUCCUCCACCUGCGCCACGACGUAUACCACGACCCACGAGCGCUCGCGGCGGGACGGGGAGGCGGAUGUAGACCGCGACUGGCUGGACGUCAGGAGGCGCAGACCGCCGUACCCUCGACGGCCGCGGACUUCGAGACGGGACGGCGGGGGCAGGUCUGUCGGAGGCGGGCGGGAGCGGCGGUCGACGGGGUGGGGCUUCGGUACGGGGACGGGGUUCGGGUGGGGGAUCGAGUUGAGGGGGUGGGACGCGGGGGAGGUGGAGAGCGGGAGUUAUUGCGUCCUCGAGGGGGCGCGGUGGGCGGAGCAGAGGGUCGUUGCGGCGCCGAGGCAGCAGCAGUACCGGAACCAGAAGAACGUUGGAAGGGCGAGACGGAGGUGGCGCGGGGACUUUGGGCACUUCCCAGGUGUGUCGAGGGCGAGGCCGCUGCCGCUCGUGGAGCCGCCGACGCCGAGGUAUAUGUUCGAUGUCUUUGCAAUGUCUACCGCGGGGACUGGGGAGGGGGUUUUGAGAGUGCCGUAUGUGUCGGAGAUGGGACACGCGAGGGUUGUGUAUACGAUGGCGUAUGGUAGGGGCACUGGGUCCGCAAGGGGCCUCUGGGGGUUGUUCGCCCCAAAGGACCAAGGCAAGGGUGAUUUUUGGGGGGUUCUAUGGCGUGAGGGGAUUUGGAAGGGAAUCUUGGGGUGUUUAAACGAUGUACUUAGCCUUGGGAGGGGAGGUGCCGGGUUGGACGAUGUAGAUUAG